AUGGGUCAAAAUCAGCAAGCUCAGUCAACCAGCGAAGAAGAGUUGGAAGUAUCGACAAUUCAAGACCUCUACAGGAGGUUCAUCAAUGAGUGCCCCAGCGGUUCGUUGCACUUGCACGAGUUCAAAAGGAUGUUUGGGGUUCAAAACGAUAAUUCGCCGGAAUCGCAAUACAUGGAGGGCAUAUUCAGUGCGUUUGAUAUGAAUGGGGACAACACCAUGGAUUUCAUAGAGUAUGUUGCUGCGCUAAACCUUGUGCUUCGAGGACGGCUCGAGGAUAAACUAAAGUGGUCUUUCAAGGUGUUUGACAACGAUGACAAUGGGCGACUGGACAGGCACGAGCUGAGAAUAAUUAUAAGGAUCAUCUACAAGAUAAAGAAAGGUUCUGUCAGUGACGAGGCAGGCCAAAUCCAUCUUACACCUGAAGAGGUUUGUGACCGUAUCUUCCAGAAAAUUGACGAGAAUGGUGACGGUCAGAUAACUCUGGAGGAGUUUGUGGAGGGGGCAAAGAGAGACCCCUGGGUGCAAAAACUCAUACGCCUGGAUAUCAACCCCAGUUACUGGGUCCACCAGCACUUGAGUGACAGAAAACUCCAGAGUCCAAAACGAUGA